AUGCCGCCAGCCCGACUGCGCGUAGCACUCGCUUCGCCACCCACCGUAUGGUCGCCGUGGCGUCUUGGUCGUGGCGUGGCAGGCGCAGACGGCUCGACCACGUUGGUCAUCACCGCAGCCGCAGCCGCGGCAAUCGACGACGGCGCUAGUGCCGAUGCCAAAGGUGCAGAGGCAGACGUGGAGAUUAGCGCCGAGGGACGAUCGGUUGGUCUCGUCGCGCCUUCAGAGUCGCUGCUAGCCAGCCUUCCGGAUGAUGUGCCUGCAGGCGCUGUGUUCUGCGUUGUGGGCGCUGCCGGGUCGGUGCUGUACCUUGCAGCCGAUUCGAUCGACGCUGCGCUCGAGUGGGUCGCCCGUCUUGCGCCGGCAGACAUUGUCGCCCGCCAGCGCGAUCUGCUCGCCCACGCUGACGCCACCAUCCGUGAUCUCACCAACUCGCUUCGCGAGCUGCAUGCGUGGAAGGUGGAGCACGUGUGCGCGGAGAUGCCGGUGGCGCCUACGCCUCCGCGCACGCCCGCACCCGUGCCCGAGCCCGCGCCUGCGCCUACCUUCGCGCCGCCCACGCCUGACCCUCCUGCCCAGUCGGAGCGGCUCCGCGAGGCUCUUGCUGAAGCCAUUCAGUUGGAGCGGCAGCUGGCGCGAGCGAUGGCUACCAACGCCGAGCUAGAGGAGCAGACCGAGCGGCUGUGCAACCACGUUGCGGAUGCGAACCAGCGCGCGGCGGCACAACGCGACGCCGACGCUGCACGCCUCGCCACGCUCACUGCCACCAUCCGCGAGCUUGAUGCCGCUGUCGUUGGUCUCAACGAAGAGAAUGCUGAGCUUGCCAGCGCGCUGCGGGCCUCCGAAGACCGUGUAGCCAAGCUCGAGCGCGCGGUCCGGAUGCUCACCGCCGAUCGCCAUGGCGGGUAG